GGAAAAGAGUAUAUGAUGGUAAUUCAAGCAAAGCUGUAGUGUAUAGGUAUAAGGAGACUGAAUUAAAGUUGCACAAGAUUUCUGCCUUUUUCUUAAGUUACUCUGAUGCAGUAUAAUUGGCUGAAAAUAACUAGAAACUCAGCUGUGAGCUUCUAUACACCCCAGAAGAAAUGCCUAUAUAUCUAAGUACUGAAGGCAAAACACCAGCAAUAAUUGCAUGAACUACAAAGUAAACUGAUUUCAUCAUAAAGAGAAAAUUAUAGAUUAGCAUCUGUACUUCCCCCCCCCCCUCUGUUUUUCUGCACACUCUGCACUUCUUAUCUGUGGGUGCGGUGCAUUUCCUACAGCAGGAAAAGUUCUUGAGGGUUUGAUGUGAUGUGUCUCAAUAAUACCUUCUGCUGCUCAGCUGCUGUGAAUCACACCCUUAAGUUUGGAGUACAGAACUGCAGAAUUCCCAGUCCCUCUUGCACACAAGCCCAGCUUAAAGAGUGAAAUUUUUGUAUGGACAGAAUUAAGCAUUCAGAUUUGAAAUUACACUGAUACUUGACUUGUGAGUUAGAUUUUUUUGCUCCCUUCCCCUCCAACAUGAAGAAAUCACUUUUCUUUUAGAUGACAUUUUUCACAAGCAGAAGCCAGCAAUAUUUCAGACAUCAUCUGCCAGUAGGGCAGCUGCUAUGCAAACUGCUACCCUAAAACAGGUUAAUUUGGGAGGGUUUUUUUAUGAGUGUCACAUCUAAUGCCUUGCUCCUUUCAGUUUUACCUUCUCAGAGCUCAGAUGGGAGUUGUGAUUAAAAGCAGCACAGAUACCCAAAUCAGGACGUAGGGUGUGCAUUGGCUGGCUGACAGGGUUUAAGUAAUCACCUGCAGUUGAAUUGAGUCUCGGAUGGGAAGUAGGAAGUGCUGUACUCAAGCUUCCUGUAUAAAUAAAUGCAGCUUUCCCACAGCUACUGCAUGCAAGCUGUGACGUGCUUUUAAGAUAUAAUGGCAGCAUGCCCUAAUAGCAGGGAGGGGAUGAUUUAUCAGGGUGGCAAAGGGGCUGAGAGACAAGUCCUGCUGCAGUCCUAAAAAGUGUACAGCUGUCAGAUACCCAGAGAAGAGGAAGGGCGUGUGAGAGCAAUCUGCCUCUGCUCCUCAUUGCAAGCUUCAGGGAUUUGUGACACCGUGGUUCUUGGGAACGCUGGAGUCUGAGUGCAGCUACUGAAAAGUCACACAGCUAGCAGUGAAUGCUACUCUCCUUUCAAGGCUGAGUGGACUAUUAAUGACUGAAUGGGCUCUGCUGGGAAGGCUUGUCCUCACACCAUGACAGCUGAUGUGUCAGAAGCUGGAGAGCUAGCUCUGGAGCCUCUACUCACUUGCAAGCUAUGUCUCUGUGAAUAUUCCCUGGAUAAGAUGACCACUCUUCAGGAAUGCAGCUGCAUCUUUUGUACAGCGUGUCUAAAACAGUACAUGCAGCUGGCAAUUCAAGAAGGCUGUGGUUCUCCUAUCACAUGUCCAGACAUGGUGUGCUUGAACCAUGGGACUCUACAAGAAGCAGAGAUUGCCUGUUUGGUGCCUGUUGACCAGUUUCAGUUGUACAAGAGGUUGAAGUUUGAACGAGAAGUGCACUUGGACCCCCAGAGAACAUGGUGCCCCACAGCCGACUGCCAAACCGUGUGCCACAUUGCAGCAAGCGAGCCCAGAGCACCGGUGCCGGUGGAGUGCCCGGCUUGCCACCUGACAUUCUGCUCCUCUUGCAAGGAGGCCUGGCACCUGCAGCACCUGUGCCAGGAAAACCAACCUACUCCAGUCCCAACCGAGCAGGGAUCCCUUAUUGGAACAGAGACAGAGGCACCAAUUAAGCAGUGCCCAGUUUGUCGGAUCUAUAUUGAGCGAAACGAGGGCUGUGCUCAGAUGAUGUGCAAGAACUGCAAGCACACGUUUUGCUGGUACUGUCUACAGAAUUUGGAUAACGAUAUCUUCUUACGCCAUUACGACAGAGGCCCUUGCAGAAACAAGCUCGGCCACUCGCGGGCUUCAGUGAUGUGGAACAGAACUCAGGUUGUGGGGAUCCUCGUUGGACUUGGUAUCAUAGCACUGGUGACCUCUCCCUUGCUGCUCGUGGCAUCUCCGUGCAUCAUCUGCUGCAUUUGCAAAUCUUGCCGGAGCAAAAAGAAAAACCACAGCCCACCAACAACCUAAAACUCUGUGUCUGUUUGAGUCUGCACCCGUACAGCAUAUGUAUGUGAGAAAGUACAUUGGUUGUAUUUUGGUGCCACACCUACCAAAAAAUGCUCCUUUUUGUCUGCCAA